GAGGAAAGGGUCAGGACAGCGGAGAGGAGAGGCAGGGUGCACAUGAAGAGCUCCUGAAUCCUCGGAGAGGUCCUCACUGCCAGGUCGCCUGCUGUACCCAUGCUGCAUGUGGCCGGGGCUGGGAGGCUGCUGCCACCAAGUGCAGUCUCUGUACUUCCACAACUCGCCCUGACUGCAGCAGGAUGGUGGAGACGAGCUGAGUGUGACGAGGAGUCCGGGGGGACAUGCUCCUGACUUACCCGCUGGUCAAUGCCCUUAUGCCUUGGCUGGACUGAGGGAACUUCCUAGCUGGCGCCGACUACUUCUUACCUUCUUUCAUCGUGAGUCCCAGAAGCCAUGGCAUCAGAGACGGUGUGCGGGCUCGUCUUCAGGUUACUGCUGCCGGUCUGCCUGCUUGUGGCAUGUAUGUUCCGGUACAAUGGAAUAUCAUUCGUCUACCUCAUUUACCUCUUGCUUAUUCCUUUAUUUUCGGAACCAACCAAGAUAACAAUGCAAGGACAUACGGGACGGUUAUUAAAAUCCUUAUGUUUCACCAGUCUUUCCUUCCUGUUAAUGCACAUCAUCUUUCAAAUAACAAUAAAUAGCUUGGAGGCCAGAAAGAUAAUAAACCCUUAUUUUAACUGCACAACAUGGGAGAGAACACUUCGACAGAUAGGUUUUGAAAGUGUAAAGGGAGCAGAUGCUGGCAAUGGAAUCCGAGUCUUUGUACCGGACAUUGGGAUGUUUAUUGCCAGUUUGGCCACUUGGCUGUUUUGCAAAAAACUUGUCCAGAAUUCAGUGACUGAGGAAGAUGCACAGUACAAUGCACAGUUUGUGAAUGAAGAAUUGACAAUGGAGAAAAUGGAUAUGGAUGACGCAUUAAUGUAUGAAGAAGACUUUGAUGAAAACAAUGGAAUUGAAGAGGCAGAAGAAAGUGCAAGGUUAAAACUUCUCCGCAAAGUUGCCUCAAUUGCCUCAAAACUUAAAGAAUUUAUUGGCAACAUGAUAGCCACUGCUGGAAAAGUAGUUGUUACAAUUUUACUUGGUAUAACAGGCAUGAUGUUGCCUUCUUUGACCUCAGCUGUAUAUUUCUUUGUAUUUUUGGGGUUAUGCACAUGGUGGUCCUGUUGCCGAGUAUUUGAUCCGCUGAUAUUCAGCUGUCUAUGUGUAUUAAUGGCCAUAUUUAGUGCAGGGCACUUGAUUGGACUUUAUCUGUACCAGUUUCAGUUUUUUCAAGAGAUCAUUCCACCUGGUGAUUUUUAUGCCAGGUUGUUUGGUGUCACUUCGAUAGUUCAGACCAACUGUUCAAAUACAUGGAAAUUCUUAGCAAAUCCAGACAUAAGUUGGUACCACUACACCAACCCUGUCAUGCUUUUAGUACUGUAUUACACACUGGCGACUCUGAUACGCCUUUGGCUGCAAGAACCUGUCGUGAUCUUUGAAGAAAAUAAGGAGAAUGAAGAAGGUGAGAUAGAGGGAGACUGCAGCCCACCUGCACUUACUGCAGAAAGAAGACGAAGUCUGUGGUAUGCUACUCACUAUCCCACAGAUGAGCGAAAACUUCUUUCCAUGACUCAAGAUGAAUACAAGCCAUCUGAUGUACUGCUUGUAACAGUUAACGGGACACCAGUGGACUAUCAUACAAUAAAUACGUCACUCCCUAUAGAGAAUGGACCUACUAAAAUAGAUAUGUAUUCUACACCUCAGUAUAAAUGGGAGCAUACAGAUGAAAUCUCAGAAAAGAAAGAAGAAGAAGAGGAAGAGGAGAUGGAAGUGGACGUUUCUGAGAAAAAGGAAAAUGCCAAAGUUCACGCUAUGGUGGCAGUUUUGCAGUUUAUUAUGAAGCAGAGUUACAUCUGUGCUCUUAUUUCUAUGAUGGCUUGGAGUAUUACAUACCACAGCUGGUUAACCUUUGUAUUGCUAAUCUGGUCUUGUGCUCUCUGGAUGAUUCGUGAUAGAAGGAAAUAUGCCAUGCUUAGUUCACCCUUUAUGGUUAUCUAUGGCAAUUUGUUGGUAACAUUACAAUACAUUUGGAGCAUAAAUUUGCCUACAGAACUUAAAGACAUUUCUGGUCUUCUUGAACGUAAGAGCCCGGAGGAACUCGCAUCAAAGAUACUUUUCAAUGUUACCUUUUGGCUUUUAUUGAGACAACACCUUACAGAGCAAAAACAUUUAAAGGAACAAGAAGCCACUUUGUCAGAAAUUAAAGUUGGGAGUCAAGAGAAAGAGGAAGAAAUACAAAAAGCUGAAGAUGAAGAAGAAGAUGAAAAUGAUAUUAUGAAGGUGCUAGGGAACAUGGUGAUGGCACUGUUUGUGAAGUAUUGGAUUUACGUUUGCGGAGGAAUGUUCUUCUUUGUCAGUUUUGAAGGGAAAAUAGUCAUGUACAAAAUCAUCUAUAUGAUGCUGUUCCUGUUCUGCGUGGCUCUGUAUCAGGUGCACUAUGAAUGGUGGAGACGGAUUUUAAAAUAUUUCUGGAUGUCUGUGGUAGUUUACACCAUGUUGGUGCUUAUCUUAAUUUAUACUUACCAGUUUAAAUCCUUCCCACCUCUCUGGAUGAACAUGACAGGAUUAGAUGAAGAUAAGCUAGCAGAUCUUGGUUUAGAAACCUUUACCAUUGGUGACCUGUUCACUCGUAUAUUUAUCCCAACGUCUUUUUUGUUGGUGUGCAUAUUACACCUUCAUUACUUUCAUGACCAUUUCCUGCAGCUCACAGACCUUAAGGUUGUAACCAGCAAACAGGACAACACAAUUUACAGAUUGGUGCAUCCAGACGGUAGUUUACCUGAUAUUACAAUGAUGAACUUAACUACAGAGUCUGAAAUGUUGGAAGAGAAGAAUGAAAAGCAGUUGGAAGUGUAUGGACAUCAAAAAGGUCAGGGUUCAGGAGAUGAAUGGGAGAAAGGAGAUGACAAAGGUGGAGGAGGAACUGAUGAGGACGAGGAGGAAGAGGCUGAGGAAGAAGAAUCAGAAGAAGAGGAAACAUCAGAUUCCAGAAAUAAAUGGCAUCUAGUUAUCGACCGCUUGACAGUCCUCUUCCUAAAGUUUCUGGAAUAUUUCCAUAAGAUGCAAGUGUUUGCCUGGUGGUUUCUGGAACUUCAUAUAAUAAAAAUAGUUACUUCGUACAUCAUAUGGGUGACUUUGAGAGAGGUAUCUUUGCUGAAUUAUGUGUUUUUGAUCGCCUGGGCAUUUGCAUUACCUUAUUCCCAGUUACGACCAUUGGCAUCUAGUGUUUGCACUGUCUGGACUUGUGUGAUCAUUGUGUGCAAAAUGUUGUAUCAACUCACAACAAUUGAGCCACUGAACUUUUCCAGCAACUGUACUAUGCCUUUUCUCAAUCAGACAAAUAUUGUCAGAACAGAAGACCUGCAGAAAUCGCUUCUGUACAGUGGUCCAAUUGAUCCAUCUGGAUGGGUUGGACUAAAAAAGUCCAUACCUCUUCUUUCAUACUUACGAAAUAACUUACUCAUGUUGUUCAUAUUAGCUUUUGAAGUGACCAUCUACCGGCAUCAGGAAUAUUACAGGUGUAGAAACAAUCUGACAGCACCAGUCACAAAAACAAUAUUUCAUAAUAUAACAAGACAUCACCUCGAUGACGGCCUCAUAAAUUGUGCCAAGUAUUUCAUAAACUAUUUUUUCUACAAAUUUGGUAUGGAGACUUGCUUCUUACUGUCUGUUAAUGUAAUCGGUCAGAGGAUGGAUUUCUUUGCCAUGAUCCAUGCAUUUUGGCUCUUUGCCGUACUGUAUAGACGAAGGAGAAAAGCAAUUGCAGAAAUCUGGCAUAGAUAUUGCUGCUUUCUUGCUUGCAUUAUUACAUUCCAGUAUUUCAUAUGUAUUGGCAUUCCUCCGGCUCCAUGUAAAGAUUAUCCUUGGAGACAUCAUGGAGCCAAAUUUAAUUCCAAUAUAAUUAAAUGGUUGUACUUUCCAGACUUUAUUGUGAGACCUAACCCCUUAUUUCUCAUCUAUGAUUUUAUGCUGUUGCUUUGCGCAUCUCUUCAAAAGCAAGUGUUUGAGGACGAAAAUAAGGCAGCAGUUCGUAUCAUGGCAGGGGAUAAUGUGGAAAUAUGUAUGAAUCUUGAUGCAGCAUCAUUUAGUCAGCACAAUCCAGUCCCUGACUUUAUCCACUGCAGGUCUUACCUGGACAUGUGCAAAGUAAUCAUGUUCAGUUAUCUCUUCUGGUUUGUCCUCACCAUUAUAUUCAUUACGGGAACUACAAGAAUCAGUAUAUUCUGCAUGGGCUACUUGGUGGCCUGUUUCUACUUCCUCCUAUUUGGAGGAGACUUACUGCUGAAGCCUAUACGAAGUAUCCUGCGCUUCUGGGAUUGGUUAAUAGCAUACAACGUCUUUGUUAUAACCAUGAAAAACAUAUUGUCGAUAGGGGCCUGUGGCUACAUAGACUCGUUGAUAGAAAACAGUUGCUGGCUAAUUCAGGCAUUUAGUCUGGCAUGCACAGUUAAAGGUUAUGAUAUCCCGAUUGACCAGAAGACCUGUCAGUUACCAAGUGGUGAGGCUGGUAUCAUCUGGGACAGUAUAUGUUUUGCAUUUCUCUUAUUGCAAAGACGAGUAUUCAUGAGCUAUUACUUCCUACAUGUAGUUGCGGAUAUUAAGUCUUCUCAGAUUCUUGCUUCAAGAGGAGCAGAACUGUUUCAGGCUACUAUUGUCAAAGCUGUAAAGGCAAGACUCGAAGAGGAGAAAAAAUCCAUGGAUCAACUGAAGAGACAGAUGGAUCGCAUUAAAGCCAGGCAAGAAAAAUAUAAAAAAGGUAAAGAAAGAAUGUUAAGUCUUGCACAGGAGUCAGGAGAAAGCCAUGAGAUUCAGAAACAUGAUGAGGAUGAUGAUGAAGGAGAAGCAGAAAAAGAGAAAGUCAAGGGCAAAAAAAAGCAGUGGUGGCGUCCUUGGGUUGAUCAUGCUUCCAUGGUCAGAAGCGGUGAUUAUUAUUUAUUUGAGACGGAUAGUGAAGAAGAAGAAGAAGAUGAAACUAAGGAUGAGGAUGAGCUCAGAAGAAAAUCUGCUUUCCAGUUUAUCUACCAAGCGUGGAUCACUAAUCCAAAAACUGCCCUGAGGCAAAGACGUAAGGAGAACAAAGAAGAAAAGGAAAGGGAAAUGAGACGGAAAGGUAAUGCAAAAGGUCACAUUAUUAUAGACUGUGAUGAGAAAGAAGAAAUCAAAAAGAAGUCGGAUGGUCCAGAUAAUGUCAUCAAAAGGAUAUUUAAUAUUUUGAAGUUUACAUGGGUUCUUUUCCUUGCAUCCCUUGAUAGUUUUACUGCCUGGCUUAAUUCAAUUUCUAGAGAACACAUUGAUAUCUCCACAGUGCUAAGAAUAGAACGUUGUAUGCUGACCAGAGAAAUUAAAAAGGGCAAUGUUCCCACAAGGGAAAGCAUUCAUAUGUAUUACCAAAAUCACAUAAUGAUGACAAUGUCUAGAGAGUCAGGGCUAGACAGAAUUGACAAUGAGCCUGGCCCUGCUUCCAGUCAUCAAGGCCAUGGAAAAAUCGCAAGUAAAAGGAUGGACAGUGCGGAUUCAGCUGCCUCUCAUGAUAGCAUGUCCAGCUGCAACACUGAAGCAACCAUGCUGUUCUCAAGGCAGUCCACACUUGAUGAUUUAGAUGGACCAGAGGCUAUACCAAAAACAAGUGAGCGCGCCAGACCUAGGCUUCGUAAAAUGCACAGCAUGGACAUGUCCUCUUCCUCUGCUGACAGUGGCAGUGUAGCAUCAAGUGAACCAACACAGUGUACCAUGGUCUACUCAAGGCAGGGAACAACUGAAACUAUAGAAGAGGCAGAUGAUGAGCAAGAAGAAGAUGGCAAAAGUCCAACCUCAAGAUUAGAUGCAUCGGAUGAGGACUAUUGUGUUGACCUAGAGGGAUCCGGCUAUACACCUGAAACAGAAAUGCCUCUAUAUUCCACAGCAGAUGGAGAUCUCCCCCCAUCUUACAGCAAAGCUGUCAGCUUUGAGCAGCUGUCAUUUACUUCCCAUGAUGAAUCUGCUGAUAAUAAUUUGAUGAUUCUAAGUCCAGAUGACAGCUGCACUGACAAGCAACACGAUGCUAUUCUGCCUUCUCUUACACAUGAAUUGACUGCAAGUGAACUUCUCGUAAAUAAGAUGUUUCAAGAUGAAGAACUGGAACACUCUGAGAAAUUUUACAUUGGACAGCCACGUUUUUUGCAGCUUAUUUAUGCUCUUUACAACACCUUAGUUGCCAGAUCAGAAAUGGUUUGCUAUUUUGUGAUUAUCCUCAACCACAUGAUCUCCGCUUCCAUCAUAACAUUGGUUCUACCAAUUCUCAUAUUUUUGUGGGCCAUGCUAUCUGUGCCACGUCCUAGUAAACGGUUUUGGAUGGCCGCCAUUGUAUAUACAGAGGUAACAAUCGUUAUCAAGUAUUUCUUCCAAUUUGGAUUUUUUCCAUGGAACAUUAAUUUGGAGUUGUACAAAGACAAACCUUACCAUGUUCCUAAUAUAAUUGGUGUGGAGAAGAAAGAAGGAUAUGUACUCUAUGACUUGCUUCAACUCCUUGCUUUGUUUUUUCAUAGAUCUAUUUUAAAGUGUCAUGGUCUUUGGGAUGAGGAUGAUGUGAGUGAUAAUGCCACCCAUAAGGAUGAUACAGAUGGGGAAAUUUCAGAAGGAUCAGAAAGAAGAGAUUCUGUUGGCUCAUUAAAAUCCGUUAACCUCGCAGCAUCUGUAGAAUCUAUCCAUGUCCAUUUCCCGGAGGAGAAGGCCGCCAUUAGAAGAAAGAGUUCUAGUAGUGGCUCACAAAUUUCCCACAGGUCUAGUUACUCCUCACACAGAUCAAAGAGAGGUAGCACCAGCACAAGAAACAGCAGUCAGAAGGGUAGCAAUACAAGUAUCAAACAGAAAUCGAGAAAGGAAUUGCUGAUGGAAAAACUUCGAGAGCAACUUAUCAAAGCUAAAGCAUUUACCAUUAAAGUAAUUCUUCAGAUAUAUUUGCCAAUCAAACAAUUUUUUUACAACCUCAUUCAUCCAGACUACAGUGCCGUGACAGACGUCUAUGUGUUAAUGUUCCUGGCAGAUACUGUAGACUUCAUCAUAAUUGUAUUUGGCUUCUGGGCAUUUGGAAAACACUCUGCUGCAGCGGACAUUACCUCUUCUCUGUCAGAAGACCAGGUACCAGAAGCAUUCUUGGUGAUGGUUUUGAUACAGUUUGGCACAAUGGUUGUGGACCGUGCACUCUAUCUCAGAAAAACUGUGAUGGGCAAAGUCAUAUUUCAGGUUAUUCUGGUGUUUGGUAUACAUUUUUGGAUGUUCUUCAUUUUACCUGGAGUAACAGAAAGGAAAUUCAGUCAGAACAUUGUCGCACAGCUAUGGUAUUUUGUGAAGUGUAUCUAUUUUGGACUGUCAGCGUAUCAGAUCCGCUGUGGAUACCCAACACGUGUUCUUGGGAACUUCCUCACAAAGAGCUACAACUAUGUCAAUCUUUUCUUAUUUCAAGGCUUUCGCCUGGUACCAUUUUUAACUGAGCUGAGAGCUGUCAUGGAUUGGGUAUGGACAGACACUACACUCAGUCUUUCCAGUUGGAUCUGUGUAGAGGAUAUUUAUGCACACAUAUUUAUACUAAAAUGCUGGCGUGAGUCAGAAAAGAGGUAUCCACAGCCACGGGGCCAGAAGAAGAAGAAAGUAGUGAAGUAUGGAAUGGGUGGAAUGAUCGUUGUACUUCUGAUAUGCAUUGUUUGGUUCCCCUUGCUUUUCAUGUCUCUAAUAAAAUCAGUUGCUGGUGUGACAAACAAGCCCCUGGAUGUGUCUAUUAAAAUAUCUUUGGGAGGUUUCCAGCCUAUUUUUACUAUGAGCGCACAACAGAACCAGUUAAAAGAAAUGGAUGCAGCACUGUACAAGUCAUUUGAGAAGCAUUUUAGUAAGGAAACUUCGGCCCUCCAGUUUCUGGAAGCAUAUGGAAGGGAAGACAUUACCAUUGCAGAACUAGAAGGGAAUUCAAACUCUUUAUGGACCAUUAGCCCUCCAAGUAGAAAGUCAAUGAUACAAAGCCUUAAAAACCUGGACCAUGACUUCACACUUGUCAUCUCUUGGACCAUUCAACGAAAUAUGAGCCUUGGAGCUAAAGCAGAAAUGACCGGGGAGAAGCAUACUGUCUCUUUGUCCAAUGCUACACGUUUAGCAAUCGCACAGAUGAUGAACUUAGACAAUGGAAAGACAGUAAUGCUUGAACACAUCUAUCCAUGGUAUAUCAAAGCACCAAGUGAUUCUACAGCAAAGCCCAUACUGCAGCUCCUCCAGAACCAAGAAUUUGUAAAUAUUACUGUCAGUCUCAAGAGAAAUGGUACUGGAGAUUUUGCCCGAGAGUGGUGGGUUCUAAAUCAGGUUAACAAGCAUUCUUCAAGCAACACUGGCUUGGAACUAUAUGUUUUCAGCGAUAAAGUCAGCCCUCCAAGCCUAGGAUUUUUAGCCGGUUAUGGAAUUAUGGGAUUGUAUGCUUCAGUGGUACUUGUAAUAGGAAAAUUUGUACGAGAGUUCUUCAGUGGAAUAUCCCACUCAAUCAUGUUUGAGGAGCUACCAAACGUGGACCGUAUCCUAAAAUUGUGCACAGACAUUUUCCUGGUAAGAGAGACUGGAGAACUGGAACUGGAAGAAGAUUUGUAUGCCAAAUUAAUAUUCUUAUACCGCUCACCAGAAACUAUGAUCAAAUGGACAAGAGAAAAAAAUAAAUAAUAUUAAUGAACUCAUUCAUUUGACAUCAUUUGGAUUAUUUUUUGACACUCAUGAGUAAUUCAUUUGACAUCAUUUGGAUUAUUAAAAGCACAAUAUUACCAUAGCUCCCAUAAGAGCUUGGACUCUUGCAAUGAAGAAGCAGUUACCUUGCACCAAUUCUACAGAGGGUCAGGUGUUUUUGGAUCUGAAGCCAACAAUAUCACACUAACUUUUCUUUAGAUUUCAAAAUCUUCAAAGGUAUGGCCAACACAAUGCGAGAGUGGGAAUACAGUUAUACGACUGUACCAGUUUCUUCAGCAAAGACAUCUCCUGGAAUGUGCAAUAUGCUGCUUUAGAAUGUUCUAAAUCUUUGAAAUGGCAAUUUGUUGUUGUUUUCUUUUUUUUUAUCAUCCCGGGAAGACCUGCUGCAUUGAAGGUUAGAUAAGUGACUGCACAAUUGCCUGUUAUAGGGAAAUAGAUCAUUAAUGCAUUCAAGCCUCACUCUACAUACAGAAAUACACAAACUGACAAUCUUGUUAACUGCCUUAUUUUAUUGGAACUUCCCAACCAAAUAUUGACUUUUCUCAGGAAAAUGAAAAAAAUACCCUAAAAACCAUGUAAAAAAAAACGCGAUGUCAACAGCUGUUCCUUUAAAAUGACUGUCAUAAUUGUUUCUCUGUUGUUACCGGCUGAGAUGCAUGCCUCUAACUUGUACCCACAGGACUUACUAGGGCUUGUACAUUUUGUUUCCAAAUGGAGAAGGAAAAUGUUUACAUGACACAUUCACCUUUCUUUUUUUACUAUAGUCUUAUUUUUAUGUCCACAGUUUACCAUAAGUCAAAAUGUCCUUAUUUAUUUCUAAUCUCAAACUUCCACAGUCUUCAUCAGGGGAAAGGUCUCAAUGUAAAAAUAAGAUGAAAAUUGAUAAGCAGCUGUUUAGAGGGGUUUUCCAAGUAAAAUAAAUGGCAAAAGGCAGAGGAGGGGUUAAAAUAAAAAAUACGGUAACCAGUUUAACCACCUCUGCCCCAGCACCCCUCACUCCAACCCACCUUGCCAAGCUUUGUUUACAUGCUGCAGCGGUAACAUGCCCGUAUACCACAUGUUCCCUGCAGCCAAUCACAAGGCUCAGCGGUCUCAUGCUGUUUGUCGCUGAGGUCAGCAGUCAUGUGUCAUAUAUGGACACAUCAUCACUGCAGCCAAGAAGAAGAUGUUAUGGCUGCAGCUACGGGGAGGAUUGAAGAGCCGACACCGGAGAAGAGGAGGUUUGAGCCAAUAAGAAUGCAUUCUAUUGGAAUUUUAACAUCUUCCUUGCCUUUUCUAAAAAUAAAUUUACCCUCGACAGCCCUUUUAAGGACUAGGUGGAGAAAGUUAGCAGUGGCUAGUAAUGAAGCACACACAAUCUUGUUUGCUGUUUCUUGCUUACAAUAAGCAUAUAGAUUUACUUGAAAAUAUUGUCAUUGCAGUCUUUAUUUGCAGCCAAAAGAAAAGUAAAAUACUGGAGAUUUUUAUUUUAUUUUUUACCUGAACAUUCCUUAUAUUUUAAUUAAGGGCUAAUAGUUAAUAAACACUGUUUGUAAAUUGCUAUAUGUAAUAUACAAAAGGCAUGCACUUAUGUAGUUCUCAGUGUGGCCCAUGUUAUAGUGAAUAGUGCAGAUAGUUAGUGAUUUAUGUCACAGAACUACCACCGUAAAACCUAACUUUUAUUAUGUAUAAUUAAUAAACUCUCGGUUGUCCCCAGUUUUGUGUUAGAUUCCUGGGCAGGGCAAAUGUCACUAAUGUCACUUAGAUGUCACUACGUAGAUAUGAAGUCCCAAAUGUCACUAUAUUAGGGACUCAAUUUCAUAAUUAGUGACAUCUUUGUGAUCAUACUCUUGCCUGGUAUAUUAUUAUCUUCACCAUUAUAGUUUUGUAGUACAGUUCUUGUAUGUAUACUUCCUGUCAUCCAUAUAUUGAAUAACAACUAUUGACAGUUCUUAACCUGUGCCAGGGACCUCUUAGAGACAGGAUCGCCCUUAUCAGGGUGGCUAUUCCAUUUAUAGGCAGGGCCUGAUUAUCUUAGGGACAAUAUUGAGGGACAGUUUUGCUCUUUAAUUUCCCUGCCCUGUCCCGGAAUCUAACAGAAAACUGGGGACAGACGAGAUUUUAUUGAUUAUACAGAAUAAAAGUUACAUUUUAUGGUGGUGGUUCUAUGACUUAUAGCUGUUUCUCACACUACCUUGAGUAAUCUGAUACACUGACGGUCACAUUGUCAGAACUGUGAUCUACAUUAUUAUAUUUAGUCAGUCAUUCUUAAACAUACCUGUCAUGUUUGCACCAUAGGGCAGCCAUUUUGUUGACACUAUCGGUAAUCAAAUGAGACUUCUUCACCUAGAAAUUAUUGGUACAAAUAGUAGCGCUAGUGACUAACAGUUGCAACAGUAGUGGAACCAAUAUGCUACUGAUUGCUGGUUUUAACAAAAUGGUUGCCUAAACUCUUUGUAGGUAACUGCAAGACUCCGAGCAGCACCAGAAUGGGGUCAAUCAGUGUGGUAUUCGCAUUGGGUUAGAUUUCACUGGCAUCCAGAAACCGAUUAUUAUUUUAUUAUUCUUAUCACCAAAACAAAAGGAUGUCUUAGGAAAACCUCUUCUGUAGCUUGCUGCUAUAAGUGGACCCUUUCAUGUAUGCCAUUUAAAGGGAAUGUUUUAACCACUAAAUUUUUACCAUGCAGUCAUCAUAUUGUAAAUUUCAGUGAUGAGCUGUUCCCUGGAAGUUAGAAUGACCUAAAAGUAUUUAUUUCUGUACAUUAUUGAAAAAAAAGAUUUUACUUCCUUGAAUCUUACAUUGCAUGAUGAAGCAGCAGGUGCUAUGGUCAUAUAACUGCUGUAAUAUUUUACUGGUAAUGGAUGAUGUUUGUAGAAUACUGUUUGCGUGACAUGGGACUUUUCCAAUGGCUGCUUUUUUUCUUACAAAGAAGACAUUU